UCCCCCUCUGAAGGCUUCUGAAGUGUGAGCAGCACCUCCUGACUCCUGCCAGAAUAAACUCUCCCCAGCAUGCAAGCUUUCCCACUCGGCGCCACCUGGGCGAGCCUCAGCCUUGGCCUCCUGCUGCUGCUUGGCCUCUGGCUGGACGGAGGUGUGCGAGCCAAGGAGUUGAAGUUUGUGACAGUGGUGUUUCGUCACGGAGACAGAAGUCCCAUUGAAACAUUUCCUAAUGAUCCCAUUGGGGAAUCCUCAUGGCCAGAUGGGUUUGGCCAACUCACUCAGCUGGGAAUGAAACAGCAUUAUGAACUUGGAGAAUACUUAAGGAAAAGAUAUGGAAAAUUCUUGAAUGAGUCCUAUAAACGUGAACAGGUUUAUAUUCAAAGCACAGAUGUUGACCGGACUUUGAUGAGUGCUCUGGCAAACCUAGCAGCCCUGUUUCCCCCAGUGGGCACCAGCAUCUGGAACCCCAGCCUGCUCUGGCAGCCCAUUCCAGUGCACACAGUUGCUGUCUCUGAAGACCGGUUGCUCUACCUGCCUUUCAGGAACUGUCCUCGUUUUCAAGAACUUGAGAGUGAGACUUUGAAAUCUGAGGAAUUCCAGACGAGGAUUCAACCUUAUAAGGAUUUUAUAAAAACUUUGCCAACACUUUCAGGAUUUCAAGGCCGGGACCUUUUUGAAAUUUGGAGUAAAGUCUACGAUCCUUUAUAUUGUGAGGGUAUUCACAAUUUCACUUUACCCUCCUGGGCCACAAAGGACACAAUGACUAAGUUGAGAGAAUUAUCAGAAUUAUCCCUCUUGUCCCUCUAUGGAAUACAUAAGCAGAAAGAGAAAUCUAGACUCCAAGGGGGUGUCAUGAUUAAUGAAAUCCUGAAUCACAUGAAGAGUGCAACUCAGCCACAAAAGUACAAAAAAUUUGUCAUGUACUCUGCGCAUGACACUACUGUGAGUGGCCUACAAAUGGCGCUGGAUGUUUACAAUGGAAUCCUACCUCCUUAUGCUUCCUGUCACUUGAUAGAAUUGUAUCUUGAGAAGGGUGAGUACUUUGUGGAGAUGUACUAUCGGAAUGAGACCCAGCACGAGCCACACCCCCUCACACUGCCGGGCUGCACCCACAGCUGUCCUCUGGAGAAGUUUGAUGAGCUGGUUACCCCUGUGAUACCCCAAGACUGGUCCACGGAGUGCAUGAUCACAAGCAACCAUCAAGUUCUAAGGGUCAUCCUCGCCAUUGCCUUUUGUUUGGUGUCUGGAGUCCUAAUGGUGCUGCUGUUUGUCCUCGUCCGCCAUGGGCCCUGCUGGCAGAGAGAGUCCUACAGGAACAUCUGAACUGAUGGAUGUACAACUGCAGACAAGCAGGGCCAACCUCCAGUGAUACAGGACCUCCCAACAAUGAAGCAUUUGAAGGAUUCAAAGCACAAGCUUUUGCCACUGGGCAUUGCUCUGCCCACACUUCCUUUCUGGACCUACUUAGAGCACAGUCUGAACCCACAGCUACCCAGGGUCAGCUGCUUGACCAACAGGUUACUUAGGUCUUCUCAACACUGAAUAAGGGUAUGGGCUGCUCCAGUGGCUAGAAAGAAGCUCUUCUGUAGAGAACAGUUGUAUUCCCUGACAGAGAUGUCCAGAGAGAACUAAGAAGCCCUUUGCAAAAAGCAAAGGAUGAGAAAGUGGGACAAAGACAUAGAGUAGACAAGACUAGAUACUGGAAAAUGUUAGAGUAGAAGUGGUAUUAAAUAAGAUGAUCCUUUAAAAACAGACACAUUGAGAAAUUAUAAAUAAACUUACUUAGCUAUUAAGUAGAUUUAAUAUAUAUGCAUACACACUCAUGCAUAGCCCUCAGAAGCAGUUCCCACCCAGUGUUUAAUGUUAACAGACUUCUGUAUGUGUACUUAACACACACAUAUAUGUAUAUUUAUAUGUUAAAUGCCUUUGAAGGGGUGUUUUAUUCUCAUAAACUAAUAUGAACUUUUCAGGUCAUUUCUCACAAUUUCAAUGUUGGAGAGUAACUGGAAAAUCCAUGGUUCUUUUACUUUAACCUCCAUUAUCAGAGUUAUAUUUUUAUACAAUUUGAUUUCUUUAUUUCAUUUUAAAAUUGUGAGUUCUUACAUUGAUAAGGGCCAUCUCUGGCCAUGAUAAAAUGUUUUUUUAAUUGCCACAAAUAUAUCUAAUUUUUUUUGGUACUGGUGAUUAAACCCAAGGCCUCAAACAUAUUAAGUGAGUGCUCUCUCUACCUCUGAGCUAUAUCCUCAAUCUUAUUUGAAUUUUCUAAGUGGUGAGGUGGACUGAGAGUCAGCCCUUUGCCUCAAUGCCUCACUGGCUUUUGGCCAACAAGUUGGAACAAAUUCUUUUAUACCUUCAACCUUGGCUUCUUAAUCUAACAAGGAAGAACAAGGACUGGAUGGGCAUAAAAUUCUCAUCUGGUUCUCAUGCUCUGUGAGCAAUUUUUUUUUUCAUUGUAUGCUAUGGCUAGGUCAUUGCCCAAGCAGGCACUUUCACAGAUGGUGCCAUUGCAGAUUACUACAAUGACACUUACUAAAAUUUAUUCUAAACAGUUUUAUCUUUGAACAUCCAACCAUUCAACUGGUGAGAAAUUCAAUCUCAUUUCUUAGUAGAGUUCUCUAUCCUUCACAUUUGACUGAGAUCCCAGAGUGUACCUAGUAGAAGUCAGAGAAAGGUCCUCUAUGCCUCUUUCCAUCCUGGUCUCCAAUAAGUUCACUGUCUACCUAUGUGGUUUUCUGAAGACAAGCAGAGGACAUUUGUGCCAUAGCUCCCAAGACCACACACUGUUGGGAUUCACCAUGUGGGGACUGCCUAAUCCAGUUGCUAAUAUUUUUGCCCAGCACAGAAGUCCAUCUCCCCAACCCCUCCACCCUCACCCUAUCUUUUGGAUCUUCCUCUCCUCUUGAAACCCAUAGCUUCUGCCUGUUAAAUGCCAAGCACCUCCCUCUAUAACCCUUAUUUUGCAAAUAAUUCUCAUUGAGCCAAAGCUAUUGCAAACAAAAACCUAAAAAGGACCUUCCUUCCUUCCUUCCUUCCUUCCUUCCUUCCUUCCUUCCUUCCUUCCUUCCUUCCUUCCUUCUUGUGUUGAGGAUUAUGCCCAGGACCUCACAUACCCCUAGACGUUCUAUCACUGAACCACAUCCUCAGGCCCAGAAGUUGUUUUCUCUUGCCUGACAACUUCUGAUUCCUGCUGUAACACAAAAGCCAAGAAAGGGCUGGGGAGGAGAGGUGGCUGACUGCAUUCUUAACUUGGGAAAAGGGAAAACUUCCACAUCAGCAAGGACAAAGGACAAAUUGCUAUCUUGAUAAAGUAGCCAGCCAUAUUGGUAAUUAAGCCAUAAUAUUUUAUGCUAAUAAGUGAUAAGACUUAAAAAUUGAAAUAUAAACCACAAGGGAUGAAUUUUCUCAUUCAUUCAACAAACAUUGAUAGAGGACUUGCUAUUUGCUAGUCACUAACCUAGAUGCUAAAUUGUCCAAUCCUAUUGGAUUAUCAAGGGGUUUGACUCCAAUAACAAUCUCAUAUGGGGUUUGAAGAAUGUAAAAGUAAAAUCUUUCACAACCUUUUCUCCAUAUCAUGUUUUAAUAUUGUCAGUGGCUUAAAGGACUUCUACUUUCUAUUGGUUCUGAGGGGGUUUUUUCCUCCAUUUUUCUUCCUUCUGCUGUUUCUUAUGAGUAUUAUAAAGAAAGCUCUCAGGCUCAUCUUAGCUAUUUACCAUCUCCAGAGUGAUCCUGUUGAUAAAUACGGUAGUUGUUUUUUCAUAUUUCAUGGCAGAAUGAAAAACUACAAGUGACAAAUGACCUAAAGGGCUAAAGCAAAAAUCACAAAUGUGCUGUAAAAUUUUUCAGGAAAUAUGCUAAUCAUCCAACUUCAACAAAAGAGAAGAUAAACUCUCUCUACUGAUAAGAUUUGCUUUUUUAGAUGAAUCAGAUGUAGUAAGUCCAGUUACCAUCAUGAUAAACAAUGUUUGAAAGGUGAUGGCUAGCGCUGAGAUUGUCUCUGCUCUUAAAUGUAUUCCUUGGCAUUUGAACCACUACAGAAGCCUUUGAAUAGCAUCCAAAUGAGGCAGUAAUCAUUAUGUUGAUGAUAAUGACACAGCACAAAGAAAGUAUUAAGAGAAUAUCAUUAUGAAAAGGACAAUUAAAAGAGUGCAAGUAUUAGAGUGAAACAUUUUACUCGAAGUCGUUCAAUCAACAGCUUUUUAUAUUAAGCUUGGCAUUUCUUCUCCUUGAAUUCAAUCUUGUCUCUUAUCUUCCCAACUUCGUGUUCUUUUUCUGUCUUGUUCUAAUAUUGUUAACAUUGAUUCUUUCUUCAUAGCUGGGGAAGUUUCUUGGUAAAUGAAAGAUAAAGAGUUAAUUGUGUUCUUUUAAAAACUCUUACCAGAAGCCAGGCAUGGUGGCACACACCUGCAAUCCCAGCACUCUGGAGACCAAGACACCAGGAUCGCCAUGAGUUCGAGGCCAGCCUCAGCUACAUAGUGAGUUCAAGAUCAGCCUGAACUAUAUCACCAGACCCUGUCUCAAAAAACAACACAAAAACUCUUACCAGAAACCCGUUUGUGCAAUAGAUGCAAAAUUUGGUACUUUAGAUCAGGGCUAUCUAAUAGAAAUGGAAUGCAGGCUGCAAAUAAAAGCCAUGUAUAUGACUUUUAAUGUUCUAAUGGCCAUAUUUUUAAACGAUAAAAAGACGAAAUGAAUUCUAACAAUGAAAUUGUGUUUUGCCAAAUUCAUCUAAAAUAUUAUUUCAUUGUGCAAUUAAUAUUUUUUAAAUGUUAAUGAAUAUUUUAUGGGGUUUUUUCAUACUUACUAUUUAAAAAUCUGAUGUGCAUUUUACCUUUGCAGCACAUCUCCAUUUGCACUAGCCACAUUUCAAAUCUCAGUAACCACAUCCUGGUGACUAGCAUUAUCACAUCACAUACUGUCAAAAGAUGACAACUUUCUUAAAGCAGGAGAAUGUAUUCUUUGUUAUUUAUAAAAUCCAUUUUUAUGCUACUGUGAAAAAAUAAAAAUCAUCUUUAUUAUCUAUACUUUGUAUUUUGUGUGUGACUAAACUGGUGAAAGGUUUUUCUGCAAUGUUUUAUUUCAAACUUUCGUAACAGCAGCAGCCCA